AUAUUUUUGAUCUCGAAUAAGGUAAAUUUCCGACUUUACUAAAUUAUUAAAUAGAUACCUUAAACGAUAUAAAUGAAGCAGUACUUUUGUAAAUUAUAAUGUAAUUCUUUGGUUGUAAAUAGUUUAUAAUCAGAAUUAUAUACAAUUCUAAUGUAAAAUAAUAUAAGUAACGAAUUACUAAGCUGCGUGAGGCUGUUUCAAGUUUAUAUUUUAUAAAUUACUACUUACCUAGUUGCCUGGGAUUGAUCCGAGUUAGAAAUCAUGAUUCUCAAGAUUUUCAUGUUUGUGAUGUACCUUAUUUUUGUUGCGAGUAACGAUGUUGAGGUAAAAACCGAGGAAGAUCUCGGUGUCAAAUACGCUAAUAGGUGCGAGGUUUGUAAAAUACUAGCCACAGAGUUGCAAACCCGGCUCGAAGAAACCGGCAAAGUUCACGAUAUACUUGAAAUUGGAUACUCUCUUGAUGACGUGCAACCAAAGAAAAGAACCAAGUAUGAAAAAUCUGAACUGAGAUUAAUAGAAUCGUUAGAUGGUGUAUGUGAGAAAAUUCUCGAAUACAAUAUACAUAAGGAACGUCAAGAUAGUACAAGAUUUGCCAAAGGUAUGAGUCAAACAUUUCAAACCUUACAUGGUCUGGUUGACAAAGGUGUGAAAGUUGACUUGGGUAUUCCAUAUGAGCUCUGGGAUAAGCCUUCAGCUGAAAUAACUCAAAUGAAAUCACAAUGUGAAAGUUUACUUGAAGAAAAUGAGGAAGCUAUAGAAGAUUGGUAUUGGAAGCAUCAGGGCAGUAUUGAUUUAAAAAACUAUUUAUGUGUGAAACAUGCCCUUCGGAACACUGAUGAUUCAUGUUUAUAUGAAGAAUUGCAAAGUAAGGGUGAUACUGGAACUGUUGAAAGUACAAAGACUGAAUUAUAAUAGGGCCUAAGUUGUAUUCACUUCUAGACAUUUCUAUUUUUAUGUUUUUCAUUACUGUUCCAGAUCAAAAUAAUUAUAAUUUUUGCUGAAA